GUUUACAUCUCUCUCUCACUUUCUCUCUCUAAGCUUGCUGGUAUGAUCCGUGCUUGACAUCCUUGAUUCUCAGGGGAAAAAAACGAAAUUGAAUUUCGUUUCAAACGAGGUUGGUUUAAUUGCAAGUAGUUUGAAGCCUUCGAGGCAUUUGAGAGAAUAAUGUUAAGCUCUGGGAAUAAUUUAAGCAGAGGUAGUGCAGCACCAUCCAAUAUGCCACCACUGCCCCAAUGUUUGCCGUUGGAGCCUAUUACGUUGGGCAAUCCAAAAUAUCCGCGGCCUGGAGAAUUAAGAAGGGUACUUGGUGUUCCUAGUACUUCUGAGGACCAUUCUUUUGGAGCUUCUCAUCUUAAAGCUCCAGCUCCAGUUGGAAAAGUUGAACUAAAACAUUUCAAAGAAAGUGUGCAAGAUGCUUCUAAGAAGGCCAGGGAUAGAGCAAGAAUGCUUCAUGAAUCCAUGUUCAAACUGGAUAAAUACAGAGAAGCAUUAAGCUCUAAGAAGCGGCAGCGAAGUGAACAUCAAUUAGUAAAACUGAAAAACCCUAAUAUUAGAAGUCCACAUGACAUCAUUACCCAAAGAUUGGAGGACAGAGCAAAGAAUGUCAUGUUGAACAAACGUAUUCGGACGUCAGUAGCGGAUCAACGGGCAGAUAGUAGGUCAGCAUCGAACUCAAGGCAGGAUAUGUUUGCAGACAAGGAUGGGAAUUCUGUCCGGCCUGUUAGUGGCAGUUCUAGAAGAACUGAAGAAAAGACCCGCAAAGUGCUUGCUGCGGGUGAAUGUUUGGAUCAGAAAAUAAAAAAGAAACGUUCUGUUGGAUCAGUAGGUAGCAGAGUUGUAAAUGGCGAUCGUGAUGAAAAACCACUCAUGAAUCCAAAGCUAACUUCGGAUUCUAAAUUGCGAUCCUGUGAUUCUCAUAGUUUCAGAUUGAAAUCUUAUGGAGUUGGUGGAAUCAACAAGUUAGAUAGUUCUUUCGAGCCUACUAAUUCAGAUUCCUGUGCAAUACACAAGAGUGAGCAUGAUAGUCCCCCUCGUCCAAGGGAUCGUGUGGCUGUCUUAGAGUCCGGCCUUUUGGUUAGAGGCAGCAAUAAGCCUAACAUUCAACAACAUAACUCGGUAGGAAGUCCUAGUUCAACAAAAGGGAAGGUUUCUAAGGCACAACGGACUAGUUCUGUUAUGGCUUUAGAUUCAUCUCCUAGUGUCCGUCCAUCUGGAGCAUUUCAAGGUUGCGAACAGCCUAAUAAAGUUGCAGUGGCAAGUGCAGCAACUAAUCAAAAGCGUGAAGUAUCUGCAGCGGCAAGUUCACCUAUGCAUCAUAUGGCUCAGUGGGUUGGUCAGCGGCCACAUAAAAACUCACGUUCAAGGAGAACAAAUUUAGUUUCUCCUGUUUCAAAUCAUGUUGAAACUCAGAUUUCAUCUCAAGGAUUUGCAACUUCUGAGUUUAGUACUAGAACUUCCUCAGUUGGAACCACUGGAUCAGUGCUGCUGAGCAAUGUUAAUAAUGAUAGCCCGAAAUUUAAAAGUGAAAAUGAGAAUGUAACAUCUAUAUAUGACUUCUCUGAAAGUGAAGAAUCAGGAGCUGGAGAAAAUAAGUUAAAGGAGAGAAAAAUUAAUAAUGCUGAGGCUUCUUUGACAACAUCUCAUAAAGUAGGAGCUUUUGGAUUGCCUGUGAAGAAGAAUAAAAUAACAACUGAUGGAAGUGGAGAUGGUUUUAAAAAGCAAGGAAGAACUGGGAGGGAAUCCUUAGCGACAGCAGGCAUUCCUCUAGUGAAGGAGAAUUCAAAGAAGAUAUCAGCAACGGAGCCACUUCAAGACAUAGUGCCUAUUUCUGAUAAAAAUAGAAGUAAGACAGGUCGUCCACCUUUAAAAAAGCUGAAAGAUCGCAAGGUUGUACCUCGUCUUCGACCAACACUAUCUAAUGGUAGUUCAGAUUUCACAGGUGAAUCUGAUGAUGAUCAUGAAGAACUGCAUUUGGCUGCCAAUUCUGCUCGUAGCGCUAGCAGUCUUGCCUGUUCUAAUACAUUUUGGAAGAAAAUGGACUAUAUUUUUGCAUCUGUGGGCUCAGAGGAUGCGUCCUACUUAAAUCAACAGCUAAGUGUUGCGGAGGAAAUUGGAGAGAGUUUAUCCCAGGUGUUUGGCGAUGGCUUGACAGUACUGGGUCUUGCGGAUUAGUGAUCUGGCUUUUGUUCUAGAGAAAGACGAGAUAGACAGUGUGGAAAAUUGAAGAGGAGAAGGUUUGAUAAGGCUACUCCACUAUACCAAAGAGUGCUUUCUGCUUUAAUAGAAGAAGAUGAAAGUGAAGAUUUUUACCACCGCAUUGAAGGAAAGAAUAUGUCUCUCCAAUAUGCUAGUGAUGAUUCUCAUUGUGGUUCAUGUAACCAAAAUGACAUUGAACCCAAAGAUAAGGACAGAAUCGAAAGUGAAGUAGAGUCAAGUCUGAGUUUUCCGACGAAUAAAAGCUGUUUGCUGGACGGACUUUCUUGUGAUAGUGCUGCAACCAACACAUCAAGGAAUGUGAGCAUGUCCAGUUUUUUACAUGGCAACGAACGGUGGCGGGGAUAUGAUGAAUUUUCACAUUCUGAUGUUGGGCAUGUUGGUGAAAUAUGUUCAAAUGAUCUUAGUCAACUGCAACCUCGGGAAUUGGAUGUUCCUAGUUUUCCUCAAUCCGACUGCCAGUAUCAAUUGAUGUCGAUCAAUGACAAGCUUCUCUUGGAGCUUCAGAGUGUUGGCUUAUAUCCAGAGACACUGCCUGAUCUGGCAGAAGGAGAAGAAGUAAUUAAUGAAGAUAUUAUGGAACUGAAGGAAAGGCUUCACACACAGGUUGUGAAAAAGAAGAAAAACUUGGAGAAAAUCGAUAAGGCUAUUCAGAAAGGGGGAGAUGUAGAAAGACGGAAAAUUGAACAAGUUGCAAUGGACAAACUCAUUGAGAUGGCCUACAGGAAACGAAUGGCUUGCCGUGGGAGUAAUGCUUCAAAAAGUGGCGUCCGCAAAGUUCCAAGACAAGUUGCGUUGGCUUUUGUCAAGCGUACACUUGCAAGAUGUCUUAAAUUUGAAGAAACUGGCAAAAGUUGCUUUACUGAUCCUGCACUUCAAGACAUCUUGUUUUCUUCUCCGUGCAACAAUGUUGUAAAAACUGUUGAUUGCAUUGGAUCAGGAACCGCUAGUGAGACAUGCAAUGAAGCUUCCUGUCAGGCAGAAGUUAGAGUAAGAGGUGCUGCUUCUUGUGCUUCCGAAAGAUAUGACUCGCAUAGUGAUAACCUUGAUAGAGGUUCACCCGGAGGACUUCAAACUGCCAAUCACGACGCUGAGCGAACUUCUUACAAGCAGGGAUCCGUCUUGAACAGAGAGAAGAAGAGGGAAGUCCUGAUUGAUGAUGUUGUUGGCAGUGCUUCUUCGAGAGUGACUUCUGCUUUUGAUAGUGCUGUUGUUGAGGCAAACGGAAAGAGAAGUGAUAGAGAUGCUCUGCGAAACAAUUCUCUCUCUGGAAGUGGUCGCUCUUCUCUGGACAGCUCUCAGACGGAACGAAAAACCAAAGUUAAGUCGAAGCAGAAGAACACUCGAACAAUUUCAGGAAGUGGAGUUCAUGGCAGGUUUAUGGAAUCAACAGAUGCUUCUGGUGGGUCAAGUCAAUCGGCGAUUAAUGUCGUCAAUAAAAAAAGCGAAACUACAUUGCUUGGAAAUAAACCGAAAGAGGCAGAGGAGGGCGCUACUUUUGGGCCGUUGAAUGAAUUAGAUUCAAUGAAAGAUCUAGAAGCCUCACAGGAGCUUGGUGAGAAUCAAGAUCUCAGUUCUUGGUUGAACUUUGAAGAAGACGGCUUGUUGGACCAUGAUUCCAUCGGCCUCGAAAUACCAAUGGAUGAUCUGACAGACUUGAACAUGCUCAUGUAGUGAGACUGCCGAUAACUGAUCGUUAUACCAGAACAGUAUUAGUGAAAAGCCCGUAGUUAUAGCUUAAGCAAGCUAAUUAAAAGUUGUACAUAUAAUAUUUUUUGGUACACGAAAUGUUUUGAGGAUGUAAUGGAAAAAUGUGAUGGAGAGUUAUCCUUGGAUAUUCUUCUCUUUCUCCUUAGCUCAAAGCAGGAUAUACUAGAUUUUCUGUUAAUCGUUUAUCAGCUGAUUUUCUCCGGGAUUUCUUGGGUUAACAUCAACUGUGAUUUUUCUCCAAGUAUGAUAAGAAGGGAUAAAAAG